CCCCACAAGACGUGCACACACAGAGCACGCAUUCGCCGCCGCCCUUGGCCAGCACAGAGUUUACGUCGCCAGUUCCGAGCGGGCGUUGCAGGACGCUUUCCUACAGGGCAAGAUGACGUUAGAGGAAUAUGAGCGUGCUGUUGAUUAUCUGCACGAGAUGAACCGGCUUCCCCCUUCUCCUAAAGUAUCGCCACAAACAUCAUUCCACGUCACCCGCCCUCCCUUCUCCCAAUCCCAAUCCCACACCUCUCCCUCCAGCUCGUCAAUCUCCCUAUGCUCACUUGACCUGCCCGGUUCGGAUACUCACUCCCGCUCCCACUCCCACUGCUCUGGACAAGCGUCGGGGGUGGACGGCAAUUGCAGGAGAACCCAGAUGGAGGAGAGCAGGGGAAGGGGAAGGGGAAGGGAGAGGAGAAGGGAGAGAAGGCUGUUAGUGAGGAACCCGAGUCCUGAGAGUGAGGAGAAAUGAACCUCGGGGGGACCGGACGGGCGGGGAGGGAGGGAUCGACGCGCGAGAAGGAAGAUUGCAAGCAAGUGGGCGAACGACGACGACGACGACGACUGUUAAAGAGGGCAGUGGUAGGAUCGGCAUGUCCAACAAGACGAGCUAAUCCGUCAGCAAAAAGAGCCCUUUGACCGUUCUGCGCACUGCGCACGAAAGCCGAGCACCCAGCUCGUCACCAAAUAUGCACAUGAACAUGUCCUUCGACCGAGGCUUUCGAUCGCGCAAGAAGCUUGCAAUGCUUGGAUCUCCUCGUUAGGAACGGACGGCGGCAGAAAAGCGCACGUAAUCUCGUACGAAAGAGCUGGUCGUCCUCCCUAGAAAAUACGGGGAGCGAAGCGCAUAUACGUCGUAUAUGCAUGGGCGGGGAUUCGUACCCUUGGAAUACGGCACAGUCUUGGCGUGCUAUGUACGUCAGACUUUGUUCGCCCCGUCUGGUUGAAGUGCUUUGGGGGACAAGAUCAUGAAGAGAAAACGACGGGCGAGGGGAUAUCGGCCACCUGUGACUCCGCCUGUAUCGCAUCGUCUGUCCCAAAAAAGUCAAAUUCACCAAAUUCAGCACGAACGACUGCGGUCGCACAACUGUGGACGCUGUCGAUUGCGAUUGCGGUAUACGUAGG